AUGGGCGACUAUACACCAGAUACCGAGACUGUCCACGUACCUACUUCGUCGGAAAAGCAGCUCGACAGCACCCCCGCGGAGCUGUCGAGUGGAGUCUUGUACCACCAGCUUCGCAGGGAGCCCCUCAACAUCGUCGGUGGCAAGGGAAGCUACCUUGUGACUAGUACCGGGCUCGAGAUACUGGAUGCUACCUGUGGUGCAGCUGUUUCUUGCCUGGGCCAUAGCGAUGAACGAGUCCACGAAGCUAUCAUGGAUCAGCUGAAGAAGAUACCAUACUGUUAUUCUCUGUACUUCACAAACAGCGCCGCCGAAGACCUGUCCAGGCUUUUGGUUGACUCGACCGGAGGGAAGAUGUCUCGCGCCUUCAUCGUGAGCUCAGGAACCGAGGCAGUUGAAGCAGCCGUCAAGAUGUCGAUUCAGUAUUUCACAGAGCUUACUGUGCCACAACCUCAGCGAGUCAAAAUCAUCUCACGACAGUCAUCCUACCACGGGAACACACUUGGGUCUCUUGCCGUCGGACACCAUGCUUCUCGAAGAAGGAUCUAUGAGAGCCUCUUGUCCAAGAACAUGAGUCAUGUUCCACAAUGCUAUCCCUAUCGGGGAAUGAAGCCUCAAGAAACCACCGAGGAGUAUGUGGCGAGACUAGCACAGGAACUGGAAGACGAAUUCCAGAGAGUGGGCCCCAAUACCGUUGCCGCUUUCGUGGCAGAGACGAUGCCCGGUGCUACACUCGGAUGUGUUCCACCACUCCCUGGCUACCUCAAAGCACUCAAGGCAGUCUGUGAGCGACACGGCGCACUUUUCAUCCUGGAUGAAGUGAUGUCCGGCAUGGGGCGUACUGGCACCCUCCACGCAUGGGAGCAAGAAGACGUCGUUCCUGACCUUCAGACAAUUGCCAAGGGACUGGGCGCCGGCUAUGCCCCCAUCGCCGGUCUCCUCAUCAACAAGCACGUGGUCGAUACUCUGAGCAAGGGAACGGGGGCAUUCGUCCACAGUCAAACAUACCAAGGACAUCCAGUCGCCUGUGCUGCUGCCUACAGGGUACAGCAAAUUAUCCAAGAAGACAACCUGCUCCCCAAUGUUCGAGAAAUGGGUGCUUAUCUCGGCGAGCUUCUCCAUGAACACCUCGACAAUCACCCUCACGUGGGCGAUAUCCGCGGUAGAGGUUUGUUCUGGGCUAUGGAGUUCGUUCAAGACAAACAAACCAAGGAGUCUUAUCCGCCUUCCAAAGCCCUAUCUUGGACUUUGCACGCAACCGGUCUCAAGCCCGAACAUGCGAUUUCUCUGAUGCCUGGGAGUGGUGGAGCUGAUGGUGUCAACGGUGAUCAUAUCAUUCUGGCACCCCCUUAUAAUACUACAAGGGAUGAGGUUCGACUGAUGGUUGAUCGGACGGUUCGCGUCAUUCAAGAAGUUCUGGGUGAGUGA